AGAGGCAGGAGGCAGCCGGAGCCAGUGCAUCCUAGGCAUCAGGAAGAGUGAAGGGUAACAGAGAGUAGACACAGAGCAGAGGAUUUCUGAAUGAUGUGGAAAAGCAGAAAGAAAUUGCUCCUGGGGCCCUGAGAAUAGUGAAAGGAUCAGAAGUAGGGCCAGCUGGAAGAGAACAUCUACCCCUUUUUCCUGGCCCUGGUUUACCCAAGCCACAGGCAUUAACAGAGAACCAGGCCCCUGAUAAAGCAGGUCCUGAGCCAGCCCUUAAGCUUUCAACCGGAGCCACCAAUGAUGUGGGCAGCGGCUGGGACAGUCCUGGCCCUGACCCUCUUGGUGUCCGGGGCAUCAGCAGGGCCCAGAAUUGAUGAGCCAAAGCCCACCGCUCCACCCAUCUUUACCCGUCGCCCCUUUCUGGUGGCUUGGAACGCCCCAACCCAGGACUGUGAGCCUCGAUUCAAGGUCCCUCUGAAUUUACGCAUCUUUGAUGUUGAGGCUUCACCCAAUGAAGGCUUUGUGAAUCAGAGUCUCACCAUUUUCUAUCGAGAUCGACUGGGCUACUACCCAUACCAUGACUCCCAUCUCGGACCAGUUCAUGGUGGUGUGCCCCAGAAUAGUAGCCUGAUAGACCACUUAGAAAAAUUGCCCGAAGUUGUGCGACACUAUAUCAGAUCACCUGAUCGAGAAGGUCUGGCUGUUAUCGACUGGGAGGACUGGCGCCCAGUCUGGAUAAGAAACUGGCAGAGCAAAGAUGUAUACCGCAAGGUCUCACGCCAGCUUGUCAGUUCCCGACACCCCACCUGGUCACCAGAGCAGGUAGGCAAGCAGGCGCAGUAUGAGUUUGAGUUUGCUGCCCGGCAGUUCAUGCUGGAGACCCUACGAUGGGCAAAGGAAACCCGGCCCCGACAACUGUGGGGUUUCUACCUCUUCCCUGACUGUUACAACCAUGACUAUGUGCAGAACUGGUCCAGCUACACAGGCCGAUGCCCGGACGUUGAGGUCUCUAGGAAUGACCAGCUGGCUUGGCUCUGGGCCGAGAGCAGUGCCCUCUACCCUUCCAUUUACCUGGAUCCCAUGCUAAAGUCCUCCUCCAACUGCCGAAAGUUUGUGCGCUCCCGUGUGGAGGAAGCGCUGAGGGUGGCCCGGGAGCACCACGCUGACUACUCCCUACCAGUCUUCGUCUACACACGUCCUACCUACACCCAGAGCUUCACAGGGCUCAGCGAGAUGGACCUCAUCUCCACCAUUGGGGAGAGUGCCGCUCUGGGGGCAGCUGGGAUCAUCUUCUGGGGAGAUGCGGAUUAUACCAGGAGUCCGGAAACCUGCCAGAAAAUCAAGGAGUACAUGGAAAGACAGCUGGCCCCUUACCUUGUGAACGUCUCCGAGGCUGCUUUCCGAUGCAGCGAGGACCUGUGCCACGGGCAUGGGCGGUGCCAGCGACGGCAGCCUGGCUCCAAUGCCUUUCUUCACCUGAACCCCAGGAGCUUCCGCCUUCGUCCUGGCCAGAGCCCUAAGGAGCCCCUCUUCCGGGCUGAGGGCGAGUUCACCCAAACUGACCUGGCCCAGCUCCGGGACCACUUCCGAUGCCAGUGCUAUCAGGGCUGGCACGGGGAGAGCUGCCAGCACAGCAGAAAAGCCCCUAACAGGGGCUCCCCCAGCGGCCCGUCGGGCCUCGAAGCCCUGCUGGCCCUGGGCCUCUUGGUCCUCCCCCGAGUGCAGUAGACGGCCACAGCUGGGGCUUCGAGGAUAAGCCAGAUUCUAGGGCCAUGUAGGGGUCAUUGGGUAACCCAGAGUGGUGGUGUCCUGUGCACUGCUCCGUGCAGAGGAGAGCCUGGGAGCCUGUAGCUGAUGUAGUUGGGGUUAGGGGAGAGUAAUGAGCCCUCACUUGGCAACAGACUCAUCCCCAGCUAGGCUGUGCCCUGCAUCGAGGGGCAGGGCCAGGGCCAGGAGCAGGGCUUUGUGUUGGAGGCAGAGCAGCCUUCAAUCCUAGGCCUAUAUUUUCCCCUGUUUUAAGGGGGGAUGUUGAGGAGAGAGUUUGUAUGCAUUGCUGCUGGGUGUCUCCCCGUGCUAGGGGAGGGGCUGUUAGUGGGGAAUAGGGAUGGGGGGCACGGCAGGGCCGUAGGGAGCCCCCUGCCCCUCUCCUCUCUAUAUUUUAUUAUUA